AUGGCAUGUGUGGUUAGUACACUUCUCUACGGCUCGGAAUUCUCGACCCUGCGUGCUCGCCAGGAGAAACAGCUCAAUGUCUUUCAUACGCGGAACCUGAGACGCAUCCUUGACAUCACGUGGAGAGACCACGUCACCAAUAAUGCAGUGCUCCAGAGAACAGAAAUCCUCUCAAUGUUCACUCUCCUGAAGCAGAGACGCAUGCGAUGGCUGGGACUUAUCACACUCAUUGAAGAUAGCCGCAUAUCGAAGGUUCUCUUGUAUGGAGAACUGGUAUCAGGAAAGAGGCCCACUGGAAGACCUCAGCUGCAUUUCAGAUACGCCUGCAAAUGCGACCUCAAGCAGCCGAACAUCAACACUUAG